UCAUGUUAUUCAAUAUCUAGUUCAUUUUAUUUGACAUUAAAUGAAAUUUCAUCUCAAAUGUUGCUCCAUGAUAUUCAUGAUUCUAUGAAGUAUAAAUAUCUUCUCAGAAUUCCCACUUGUCCACGACACAUGUAUAUUAACAUUGAAGAUAUCCAUUCUAGUGGAAAAGAGAUGAGUGGGAAAUUUUGUUGUUUGUUGGUUGCAGUAAGAUGUGUUAAGUCUACAAAAUUAAUAAAAACCAAAAUUGGCAAGGAAGCUUUCUUAAAAGAAAUUAUUGUCAUGGACAAAACAUACCCAACACUUUUAAUAAGAAUUUGGGAUAAGGAACUAUCAGAAAGAGCUGCACAAUGGAUACCGAAAAAAACAAUCUUGGCUUUCUCAAAUUUAUACUUGGAAUGGAAUAUUUUUAAAAGAAGCAUGACAGCUGUUGUUUCCAAUAAAACCAUUAUUACCGAGGAUCCAAUUACAAAUGAAGCUAACGAUUUAAAAAAUUACGCAAAUACACACUUGACUGGCCUAUCUACUAUUUUAAACAUUAACAUUCCCAAUUGUAAUUUAUACUUAUUAACUUAUAUUUAUGAUUAUAGUUAUAAAACUACUAAGUGUAAUAAUAGUUUUGAAGGAAAAUUUGAAUGGCUGUACAUUGUGGAUACUAUUGUUGAUUUCUUAUACAAUUUCCUACAUAAUAUACAGUGUUAUCUAUAA